AUGAAUAACUUUACAAAUAGCGUCUACUGUUCUAACCAGGUUUCAUAAUAAAAUUCAUUUUGCUGUCCAUAAGCAUCUACUGGGAGGAAUAUUUCUUGCUAUUCAAUUCCUUAAUUAAACUAGUUCUGCUCUGAUCAGUAUUUACAGUAUCCAAAUUAUAAGUACCUCAAAUAUUAAUCGUGUGUAGACCCAAAACACAUUUGUGGAGAAAGAAAUAUCAAUAUAAGUGCCAGUUUAGCGUUAAAUGGACUCACAAGGGAAGUAAAGUUAGAACCAGAUACAAAGAAUUGCUUUUGGAUUUUGAGUUACCAAUCUGAUGAGAAUGAAGAAUAUAUAUUUGAUGAACUUAGGGAAUCAUCUCCAGUUAGAAUCAACAUUCUCAAUAUUAGUGGAGCAACUGUUUAUAUCUUUAAAGAAGAGGAGGAACUUUUGAGUGCUAUAAAAUAGAAUAUUACAGACAAUGAUGAUCCUUUGCUCGAUAUUGAAUGGCAAGAGUUCAGCAAAGGAGAAAAAUAUUAUGUCAUAGCAAUAAAAGACUCUAAUGCAAAGCAUGGAGAUUUUGCUGUUUCAUUUUCUAUUGAACUAGUAGAAUUAGAAGAGUUCAAGUGGGUUGUGAGAGAAGAUGAAGCAUAUCUAUAUAUUGCAACUUUCAUCCUUAUAGGACUCUCAAUAUUUGCUAUGAUUGUCUCUGCACGCUCUAGAAGAAUAAGGCUCAGAAAAGCGAGUACAAUUCUCUAGACUAAAAAGGUCAAAAUCCCUAAGAAAAGACAGAGGAAGAGAAAAUCAAAUUUCUUUAAUCCAUUUCUUAAUAUUAAUGGAAUGAAUCCCAAUAAUUAAGACCCGUAGCCCAAUAAUAUCAAACUUGAUGAAAAUACUUUUAACUAAAGUGAACUCAAAGAGUUAUUAGCUAAGGGCGAUAAGUCAAUAUUUAUGGGAGAUUAAUCAAUGAGGGCUCAUGUCUCAUUGAUUUAAAAAAUAGAGGAUAGCUUUUUCUCAUCAGAAAGUCAAAGUGACUAUUCAGAGGAUGCUCAGGAGGAUAAUAAUGAUAAGGAACUAAAUAAUACUAGACUAAUUUAAGGUAAUGAGAAUCUCACAAAAAAAUAGAUCAAGAGGAAUGAUUCUGGACAAAAUUCUGGUAUAGGCUAGUAAUCUGGAAGGUAAUAAGUGAGGAGGAUGCAGUCAAAUAAGUUCAAAUAAAACAAUAAUAAUUAAUAGAGGAAUUACUUAGAUAAUACAGCAGAUCUUACAGCAAAUGAUAUAUAGUGGAAUGAAUCAUCUCAUGGGUUGAGUAAUGAUCCAAUGAGUUAAUCUUAAGGGUCACCUCCAUACAAAAAAGGAUAAUUAAUUGAUGUAGAUAGUUCACUUAAAUUAAAAAAGCAUCAAAAUAUGACUUACAAAGACCUUUAUCGAUCUCAAAGAAAUCAACUAGUUCAAGCUUAGAGCGAGAGACGAAAACAUAAUCAUAUAUAAUAAAAUAAUCAUCGAGGAAGUCUUCCAAACUAAUUAAUAGGUAAAGGAGGAGGAUCGAUUUUCAAACAAAAAGCUCCUUCUAGAGAUAGAAACAGCAAUCAUAGUCUGAGUAAUCUUUCAUACAAGACAUAGGGCAAUAGAAACUAUAAUCCCAAUCAUUCUGUUAUGAUUAAAAAGAAAAAACCCACUCCUCUCAACUUCGUUAAUAACAAUAUAAGUAACAAUGGUGAAAGAAAUGUACAAACUUCUAGAUCAAGAAGAAAAUCACCAAAGAGAAGGGCACCUAAAUCUUUAAAAGAGAGAUCAUCAGAAAUAGACGACAAAUCAUUCACUAGAAAUUUAGCACCUAAUACGCCCUAAAACCAUACUCAAGGAAUAUCACCUGUUAGUGCAUAUAAUGAGAAAUCUAAUAAACGAAUGAUGUUUACUGAUAGUUAAGGAAGGUCAAAGUCUUAAUAGAUAAGAGCUGAAAGUGAGGGCAAUCAAAAGUAAAUUAGUGAAGAGAUGUAAAUAGAGGAAUUUAAAGACUCAUAAUAUGGAAUUGCUGAGAGUUCCAAAAAUGGAAGGAAUCAUUUGCACCCAUCUACUGGCAAUCUAUCAUCAUAAGCAAAAACUUAAUAAAAAACAGUGCAAAAAAGAGUUACUGGUGCCAACAGCAAUCAAGGAACUCCCUCUCGUUAAAAAGAUGAACUUAUCGAUAUAGACUUAUAACAAUAAAGGAAACAUUUCCAUGGUAAGAGAUAAUCUGAUACUAUUUCUAAUAAUUUGAGUCCUCAUCCAAACUCGAGAAGACUAAGAUGA